CCUCAUCCCUGGUACCUAGAACGGCGCUCAGUCUCCCUCUAAGCUCUAUUAGCGCCUUCUAUACUUCUGACUCGUUAUAAUAUCCCUCAAUUAACUUGAAGUAUACUAUAUUGUUGUCAAGCCUUCUUCCAUCAAUCGAAUAUGUCGGACAAGAUUGUAGUUCUCAUCACCGGGGCGAACAGAGGGAUUGGAAACGCUCUUCUGUCGACGUACCUUGCGAGACCAAAUCAUAUUGUAAUUGCCGGCCUUCGCGAUCCAGGCAGCGUAUCGUCAGAAAAGAUCCAAAUGUUGACCCAUGGCACGGAAAGCAAGGUGGUAGUGCUCAAGCUCGACAGUACUUCGGAGAGCGAUGCGAAAGCGGCGGUCGAGACGUUAAAGUCCAAACACAACCUCACAAAGCUCGACAUCGUCAUUGCUAAUGCUGGCAUUUCAAAGUAUUUUGGGAAAGCAAUGGUGACACCAGCAAAGGAAAUGUUCGACCACUUCGCUGUCAACACUGUCGCGCCGUUGCUCCUCUUUCAAGCUACCGCUCCUCUCCUCCAAGCAGCACCAGCACCCAAAUUCGUGGUCGUGUCGUCGGGUGCUGGAAGUCUCAGCCAGGUGGUGAAGCUACCGGUCGAAAAUACGGCAUACGGCGCAUCCAAAGCAGCAGUUAACUUCGUUUGCCGAAGGAUUCAUUAUGAAAACCCCUAUCUGACCGUAUUUGCCCUCAACCCGGGCUGGCUCCAAACAGACUUAGGCAAUCAUGCUGCAAGGGGCGCAGGGAUGGCGGCUGCACCUGUACCCAUUCAGGAUGGGGUUAACGGGAUGAUUGAGCAGAUCGACAAAGCAACGAGAGAAGAGUUCUCAGGGAAGUUCUUGUCGUUCAACGGCGAAGAAAUCCCCUGGUAAACUUUACCUCGAUGGAGCAUCGCUGAAGGCAGCCCCCAAAGCAAGCAAAAAUGUCACGAAGCAUGCGACUGCUCGUCCUCAUCGCAAGGGCGUCGGGUUGCUCGCCACUUCAAGCCCCAACAAGAGCCGCAAGAAUCUUCCGCGUCAAAGCUGUCACCAUGCCAGUCUUAAUUCUGACCUGCCGGGACAGAGGACAAAUCAAUAUGAUCUACAAGCCAUGAAGGAGAAGAUUCCCACCAUGCGAUCGAUAUUGCAAAGCCUUUCGGGAUUGUGCGUCUCUGAAGUCUGGUAGUCGAUGGA